GAUACUGCAUGGCUGAGAUGUGAAUAUCCGAGCCGGCUCCGUCUCCCCUGUGUUAUAUAGCGCCGUAUCUCACCACAAGCUGUAGUAUAGAGAGACUGCCACGGGUCAAACGCGAUAGCAAAGCACCUUGAAUCGACUCAGGCUCCCAAACAUGAGGGCUGGUUCGCUUUUUCUACUCUGCGUACUAGCGUUAUGCGGUGGAGUACAAUCUCAGGACUCCACGAAGCAGUGGAGCGAGUGGUCACCAUGCUCUCGGACAUGUGGAGUCGGAGUGUCCUAUCAGAAGCGAGUAUGUCUGGAUAUCACGGAUAGUGGCGGGAAAACAUGUCCAGAAGAGUUCAAUUACAGAACCUGUAACAUACAGGAUUGCCCGGAGGGUUCUGGAAAUUUCCGGUACGAGCAAUGCGCGGAGUUCAAUAAUAGGACCUUAGACGGCCGGAAGUACAAAUGGGUCCCCUAUAUACCAGGCGUGGAUAGAUGCGGACUGAAUUGUAUGCCCAAAGGCGAAUACUUCUAUUAUAAAUGGGGCGAGAAAGUCGUGGACGGCACAAGGUGCGGGCAGGACUCGUACGAUAUCUGCGUCAACGGCGAAUGCAAGUCUCUGGGUUGUGAUUUGAUCCUUAACUCGAAAGCCAAGGAAGACAAAUGCCGAGUGUGUAACGGAAAUGGCGAGAACUGCCGCACAGUGAGAGGGUCUUAUUACGACAGUGGUGAAGGUUACAAAGAAUUUCUCGUAAUCCCUCCUGGGGCGACGAACCUCAGAAUCGAAGAGAUAAAACCAUCCGUACACUUUAUAGCAAUGGCAGAUUCCAAAGGUAAAUUUUUCUUCAAUGGAAAUUACGUAGUCACCAAUCCCCGCACCUACAAAUUUGCCGGGACUCUGUUCAGAUACGAGAGGACUGAAGCGGGCAAAGAAGUGAUCAGCGCGCUCGGCCCUACUACCGAACAAGUCCAUGUUGUGGGCUUACUGACGGCUGACGAGCCUAACCCUGGGAUAGAGUACGAAUUCUCGCUGCCUAAGAGCGUGGUGGUGUUACCCAAGAAGGCAAAGUAUUCGUGGAAGAUGGACGGUUUCUCGGCUUGCACGGCAUCGUGUGCAGGAGGUUACCAGGUGCGUCGCGUGUUCUGCGCGCGAGAUCGUGAUGGUAAGGUCGUGGAUGACAUUUUCUGUGAUUACAAAAGCAAGCCACAAACCAGAAGACAAUGCAACGACUCGCCCUGCCCUCCCCGGUGGUUCAUCAGCGGGUGGAGCGCAUGCUCGUCCACGUGCGGUCAAGGCAAACAAGUGCGACGCGUGCACUGCGAACAGGUGGUCAGCGGUGGUGACACGCAAAUGAUCCCGGAUGACAAGUGCACAGGCGUGGGAGCGAAACCGUCGGGCACAAGGCUGUGCACGCUCACGAGGUACUGCCCCGUCUGGGCGACAGGGGCGUGGAGCACGUGUUCUGUGUCGUGCGGUGAGGGUUUUGCCACGCGCGAGGUUGUCUGUCGGCGCGUAGAAAAAGACAAUAGGGAAACACUUUCACCAAUCAGAGACGACUACUGUGACUCCAGAGCGAGGCCUGUUGACCGGCAGAGAUGCAACGAGGGGCCAUGCACAACAAAAUGGCUGACAUCACAAUGGAGCGAGUGUUACCCCAAGUGUGGGCGUGGCAUCAGUACCCGGAUGGUGUAUUGCGUGAGCGUGACAGAUGAGAGCCAGAAGUACCCCGACACGUUGUGUAACAACAGCACGAGACCGCAGAACCAGAAGCAGUGUGUUAGCGAUCGAGUCUGCCCUCCAAUGUGGCACGCGUCUCAGUGGAGCCGGUGCACGGCUACCUGUGGUACGGGAAUGAAGAUGCGCAAUGUGGUGUGCGCACAAGACGAGGGGAAGAUACUGCGCGUGGUGCCACGUGACCUUUGUGAUCGCAAUCACUCCAUGCCAUCAAUCGAAAAGUGCUCCACUAGGCCUUGUCAGGCGGGCUGGUACAUAUUCCCAUGGCAACCGUGCACCAGAUCGUGUGGAGUUGGCUUGAAAAGACGACAGAUAAAAUGUUUCGCGGAUUCGAAAGAAGACCCGGAAGAGAAGUGGUGCGACCAGGAAACCAAGCCACACGACGUGGAGCGGUGCCUUGUGCGAUAUUGCGACCAGGAGGAAACAGAUGCACCACCACCUACAUGGGAGCCCUUUACCCAAGCCAUUGAGACCCGAGCCCCGACCACGACUAGACAGCAGACAGUACUUCCGACUACCGUCCGACCGACAACAAAGAGGCCGACAACUACACGCCCGACAACCAAACGACCAACAACCGAGCAACCGACAACAGAGCGUCCGACGACUACACUACCAACGACGAAGAGGCCAACAACUACAAGACCAACAACAACGCGCCCGACGACGACACGACCAACCACGAAGCAACCGACAACGACGCGCCCGACCACAACACGACCUACUACGACACGCCCGACGACUACACGACCAACGACGAAGAGGCCGACAACUAUAAGACCAACAACGACACGACCAACCACGAAGCGCCCCACCACAACACGACCGACGACGACUCGCCCGACCACAACACGACCGGCAACGACGCGCCCGACGACUAUACGACCAACGACUUUCCCUGUAACCUCCGCGAAGCCGACAAGGCGAGCGACGUUACAGACCGAGAAGCCGAAGCCAAUCGUGCCGGCGAGGAUCGUAGAGGGACCGCGGGACAUCACAACCUUUGUUCGGUCCCAGGUCCUUCUCACCUGCCGAGCUGAAGGCAACCCAGAGCCUUCCGUGGGCUGGAAAAAAGGCUUGCUGCCCGUUAGUAGCCUGGGGCCUAGGUACGAGAUAUUAGAGGAUGGAACUCUACGCAUUGAACAAGCGAUGAUCGAAGACGAAGGAACAUACUCCUGUUAUGCCACGAACUUCAAAGGACCUUUACAAACAAGAACUGCAAAUCUUAGGGUUGUCGUGCCCGUGACCGUAAGCAUGAUACCACGUGACGAGCACGAGGUUUCCGUCGGAGAACCAUUGACGAUAUACUGUCAAUUUAGCGGCAAGCCUACGCCAUUCAACCGCUGGUACAAGGACAGUCAACUCAUAUUAAACGGCAACGAACGCAUAUCGAUUUCCCCCGGACAAAUAUCGAUCAAGAGUGUAUUGCCUUCGGAUGCUGGUCUGUAUGAAUGUCAGGCAAUCCACGACUAUGGCCGAGCAGCCGACUUCGUUACGAUCAAGGUCAAAGGAGACCAACCGUCCCUGGCCCCCACGGUGGAGGUUUGCGAGGAUGACGAGUCGGUGGCAGAGUGUAGCAUCGUCAAGCGAGUCAACUAUUGCCGGCAUUCCUUUUACCAAAAAGCGUGCUGCAAGACAUGUAGGGGCACCUAGACAAUGGACAGCGGCUAACAUCAUUACACAUGGGCGAGUUCUCGCGCUAAAGACAAUACCAACGCUUACUGACAUGGAUCAUACCAUAUAUGGAGGGUACCAUAUAUGGCACGUAACGCCAUAAGUAAAUAUAGUUACAUUGCUACCUCUUGUUUAGAUAAUGUGCUGAAAAUGUAAAGAAAUGUUUCUCGAGAUAAAAACCUACGGAAUAUUUUAUAUUUUAUUGGGAAGUGACAGGAACUUUUAAUGAAGAAUGUGGUUCGUCGGUUAUCAGUUAUUGUAACACAGUCCUGUAAUUCAGGUUAAUCUAAAAAUGCACAUCUUGUACCGCUAGUAGGUAAAAUAUUUCGGUUUCAUAAUAAGUAAAAUAUACCGGUUUUAUAA